UCACUGACGUAGAUCAUUCGUUGGUUCUUUGUAUGCAUUAAUUUUUGUAACUAAACUUAAAAAUAUCAGGAAGUGGCUGUGUUUUCUAGUUAUAUCCCUUUGCUUUCUUAAUUGAAAAAUAGUGCGUGUGCUUAGGACGGGUUUGUUUAUUUUAAUUUUUUCCGUUUUAUAAUAUUUAAAUCGUUUCUGCUUAGGCAUUUUAAACACAGCUGAUAAUUUAUAUUAAGAUUCACAUAAUGGAUACGGGGUAAGUGUCAUUUUAAUUGAAUAAUACACUUUAUUAAUGCAACAUGCUUUCAAUCCAAACUUGUGUUUUGGCGGGCGCGGCCAUAUUUGACAGAACAGCUGUUAUGGACGGGGACUGUGAGUUCGUUCCGUUGUUUGUUUUGCGUUUUUCGUACUAUUACGUAUUUAUAAUAAGUGAUUUAGUGUAAAUAACGUUUCAUUAAUAUGAAUAAAUAUAAUUUACAUAAAUUAAUGUUUAUCUGGAGUGAGUAAAGUAAAAGGAAAGACUAAUAAUUAUGGCUUGUGGGAUACAAAACUAUGAAGACAAUCCCUUGUCUGCAGAAGAGGAGGAGUUUCAAGCGAAAUGGAACAGGUUCUCAGAUUGGUUACAUUGUAUUUGCGUCGUCACAUUCGACUUAGAAUUGGGACAAGCUAUGGAAAAUGUUUACCCGCCAGGAGUUAAGUUGACAGAUCAAGAGAAAUGCAAUAUCUGUUACUUGGCGUUCCCGGACUCGAAUUCUGGGUGUAUGGGAGAUACUCAAUUUCACGUUAGGCUACGUUCUCGAGCACCACUUUCUGAUCAGCAGCUAAUUUACAACGAAGACGCUGUGCCUACCCUUAGGGCGGAUUCCACACAUUACUGGGGCUUCGUGUAUUUUCGACAGGUCAAGGAUCCCUCUUUGCCAAGAGGUUACUUUCAGAAAAGCAUAAUAUUGCUUACUAGACUUCCAUUCAUAAAUUUAUUUUAUAAAGUAAUUCAACUAAUAGCACCUAAGCAUUUUGAGGAGGGAGAAAGCAGUCUAGAAGCUGCUUGUCAUGAUAUAAACAGGUGGCCUGUCUUGGAUUCUGGCCAAAAUGUGCUACUACCUGUACUCGGAUCAGUGUUCCAAUCAUAUAUACCUAAUCAACAGACAGGAAAGAUAACCAGAUCAGAUAUAGCAAAAGUGAGUUCCCCCAAUGUCCCACACAUUUUAGCAUCCAUACAAGAUGUUAAUGUGUUUGAUGCUUUAUCUACAUUAAUAUCACAUUUGCAUUUGUUGUGGGAAUUAGUUUUGACAGCAGAGCCAAUAGUUGUAAUGGCCAGUUCACCAACUGAAUGUUCAGGAUUAGUCCAAGCUUUGACAUAUUUGAUACAACCAUUAUCAUACUCUGCUGAAUAUAGGCCAUAUUUCACAAUACAUGAUAGUGAAUUCAAAGAGUUUACAAGGAAACAAUACAAUCCACCUUGUGUAAUAUUAGGUGUGACCAAUCCAUUCUUUACGAAAACAUUGCAACAUUGGCCACAUACUAUCAAGCUUGGUGAUGCAACGUCAAUAAAAACUAAACUACGUAAAGUUGGUAAUUUGAAGCUAUUAGACACUGCACCUGGUGUGUAUACACAAUACAAACCAUUCCUUGAGAAGGAUAAGAAUAUUAUAAAGAAAUUACAUAAUGGCAUUAGGGCAGACCGGCCUUCUGAAGUACAGACGGCCAUGGUGAAACGUCACUUACUUGAAUUGACUCAAAGUUUUAUGAUCCCACUUGAAAGAUAUAUGGCCUCUUUGAUGCCAUUACAGAAGAACAUAUCACCAUUUAGAGCUCCACCUGUGCCAAACCCUUUUAAUCCUGAAGAUUUCUUUGCUACCCUGCAGCAGUCAGGGCCCCAAUUGACAACUGGAAUCAUAGGUGAUUGGAUAGGACUGUAUAGAAAUUUUUUUAAAACACCUAAUUUUAGUGCUUGGUUUCAUCAGAGACAUAGCAAUUUGACAAACAAACUGCAUGCAUUGCAACUUGAAGCUUUAGCAGAAAGUGAUUUGAAAAAGUGGUCGAUUGGUAAGAAAGAAGUUGAAAUUGUUGAUAUGGUGUUGAAACUUAGGGAGGUGCUGAAAAGUAAUCCACCUGUAGCUGAUAACACUAGGACAUUAUUGGCAAGGAGGUUAGAAGAUCUGAAUUGUGUUUUACCUGAGGAUAUGAAGUCUAUUUUGAAUGCAGCAUCGUGACACACAGACUGCUGCACCUCAAAGCAGAGGGGUUGCAGCGUUGACUGCAAAAUACAAUUUAGCUAUGAUUAUGUGUGUAUUGCUUGUGUCUAAUUUUCGUGGCCAAACUGGAUUAAUGUUAAAAUGACUCAUUAUGCCUAGAUUUUACUGUAAUACAUAGGAUAUUUAAGAAAUUAAUAGUAAUUAGUUGAUAAAUAUAUCACUCUCCUACUUCACUAUGGUGAAUUAAACAUAGGUUACUGAUUAGUGUAUGUUAUCAUGUCACAUACUGCAUACAAUAAGAUCUAACUAAUGUGAUGCCUUUGAUUAUAUACCUGUGUCAAAGUGCAUGUUGAAUCUUGUAGUCUAAGAGAUUGUGACAAAAAUUUGCAAGAGCUUUCAAAAUCUUGAUAUUUUAGUAUGUUGAAGUAUUUAGGGUCUACAUCACUCGGUAUUCAGUGCAGAGGUGAGUCAUAAAUCACAAAUAAUACCUAUGUCAUUUCUGAAUUAAAAUUUUAGUGAGUAUCAUUAAAUAUAUCUGUUAUACCUAAGCUAUUCCAUUUGAGCAUAAUAACCAAUUAAGUUAUCAACAUAAAUUUAGUGAUGAUAAUUAAAAUAUAUAAAUAUAUUUGUUUAAGGGUUAAGUCACAUUCGGCAGUUCGGUAACGCGUGUUUUAUCGUAAUUCUAUCCUUUAUUGCCACUCAGAGAACCGCCUUUUCUUAAAGCGGG